AUUUCGAAUUCUCAAUAUCAGCGUCAAAAGACUUGAGUAUGUGGAGUUAACACGAUGAGAUACUACACGUUAGUUGGCGACGCGGGGAACCCUCAUGCUUGCACUAGUGACGAAAUUUCGAGCGGUCGAAGAUGUCGCGACAGUUGGUGUGGCAAUCAGUAUCACUGAUUCUUUUCGUUACUGUAUGGGAAUUCGGAAACGCAUCGCGAAUACUCGCCGUAUUUCCAUCAGCCUCGGUCAGUCAUCAGGUAGUUUUUCGUGGAUUGACCCUAGCCCUUAGGGAACGGGGCCAUGAGCUCGUUCUCGUGACGCCAAACCCGGUGAGGGACCCGAAUCUGAAGAACUACACCGAAAUAGACGUCAGCUACAUCUACGAUCCCAAUAUAAAGUUGGACCUGAUAGAACUGCGGAGAAAAAUGAACUGGGCUGAAUGGAUUUGUACAGUGGCAGACGGGUUUCACGUGGUUAGUGAACAAAUCUUUGAUCAUUCUGAGUUCAAAAAGAUCUACGAGUCAGGCAGCGGUGAAAAGUUUGACUUGCUGUUGAUGGAGACACUUUAUUUUCCAGCAUUUCUAUCACUUGCCAAACGGUUUGACGUUCCGAUAAUUGGAAUGACGUCCCUUAGUCCGGCCCUAAACUUGCAAUACUCUAUCGGAAACCCGAUACUAUCUACACAUCAAUCGAUUUGGGACUUGCAGAGAAACGAAAUGUCUGAUCCACCGACGUUUUUCGAGAGGCUGAGGAACUUUAUUAAUGUGUGGAAAUACAUUUACUAUUUUAACACGGAAUUCAUGCCUGCGCAGCAUGCCAUUGCGGAAAAAUAUUUGGGAAUCGAGAUUCCGGAUCUUGGCGAAAUCGAGAGAAAUCUCAGUUUAAUUUUCACCAACCAACAGGCGCCGAUUUCCUACCCCAGACCAAAUGUACCCACUGUGGUUGAAAUCGGUAACUUUCACGUCUCGAAGAAGAGCGAGCCUAUCUCGAAGGAUCUUCAGAAGACCCUCGACGAAUCCAAACAAGGAUUUAUAUACAUGAGCCUUGGAUCUAACGUGAAAAGCACCAUGCUGGACAAGAAAUCACGGUCCGAGUUUAUUGCCGCAUUUUCCAAACUUCCCUACACGGUAAUUUGGAAGUUUAAGGACAAAUUUCUACCCGGUAAACCGGACAACGUAAUAAUAAUCAAGUGGGCCCCGCAGCAGGCGAUUCUAGCUCACCCAAACCUGAAAGCCUUCGUGUACCAAGGAGGACUUCAGAGCACGGAGGAAGCGAUUUCUCACGGCGUCCCUGUGAUCGGUUUCCCGGUGAUGGCCGAUCAGGACAUGAAUGUUAACAAAAUGGUGUCUCUUGGUGCCGGAAAGAAGUUGGAAAUCACUGACGUAAAGAGGGACGAUCUGAUUGAAGCAAUACAAUCCGUUGCGACGGACGGCAGCUACAAGCAAAAGAUGCUCAACUUGCGCGAACUGUUGAACGACAGGCCGCACGAUUUACUGGAAAACGCAAUUUGGUGGACCGAACACGUGAUUCGUCACAGAGGCGCCUCUCAUCUGCACUCCAGCACCGCCGACGAGCCGUGGUACCAGCGUCAGGAUAUGGACAUCAUUUUUGUCGUCACCGCCGUAUCUCUGAUAGCGUCAACUUUGUCUCUGAUCAUUGCGUAUCAUUUGUUGAGUUACAGUAUUAACGCUUUCAGUCAUCAACAAUUACCGGUGAAAAAAAAGAAGAAGAUGUAAAAAGCUAGUUAUAUUUUAUCGGAAGCGACGUAAUAAAAAAAUAAGGUAGAUAAAAUGGCAACGACAAUGAAAUAACCUGUUGAACGCGUCGGCGGUUCCAGUUGUUUUCCAUUUCACAUCAACCUCUGUGAAUCAAAUACUGUGAAAAGUGCAACAAUGAAUUGUUCGUUUUCAGUUUAAGCCAUCCUUCCGAAACUGGGCGAUAAAUCAAUGAACCCCUUGAAGCGAGUCAAUCGAGCCGCUAGUCGAGUCAUGGCGGUAUUAAAAUUCAUCGCUAAAUAAUCCUCGCCCGCAUUAUAUAAUAAUCAUAUUUCCAGCGCUCUGCCUUAAUUCCUCAGGCGUAUUUCCCGAGUGUUAUUUAUUCCUCGUAUUAUAAUGUUAUUACCGGUCAAAUCCCCCAGAGGUUACACCCCGCGGUUAGAAACAAGCCGUAGUUGCUUUUGCCACGAAACCGUCUUAAGGAAUAAGGAAUCGUUAUUUAUUUGGAGGAAUGAGGGGAGGCUUUGGAGUUUCGAACUUGCGGUGGUCUGGAUUGUUUAAGGAAGGAGAAGUAAGUGCCCCGAGAAGGCACUUAACUCCCGUUCUAAUUACUGCAACACUUGUAGCACCCCCUCUCAUUCUCAAUGCUUUCUGCCCUUCCUUAAAGUUAUAUGCCUUUUCAUUAUCAUCGUUUAGCAAUUGUCCACCACUCCUCCAUCGAUUGAUUCGAAAUCAGUGAUUACAAUUUUCAGAAUUUCUUGACAACUCAAUUCGUUAAUAUUCGAUUCAUUCUUAAUACAUAUUUAUUUUUAUCGUCUUAUCUCUAGAGCCCGGAUAAAUAU